AUGCAACCGCUCAAUCCGUAUCUGCGCGCCUUCUUCCGAAGCGCGCUGCCAGCGCAGUGCCAGCCCAUCAGCCACCACGUCCUCCUCGUGCCCACGACCGAUGUCCUCCUGAACGCGAAAGACCGCGACAGCAACGCCGCCUACGCUGAGCUCGCUGGGACGGAGGAGUUCUUGGCCUCACACGUCGUUCGAGUGCCCAAUGGAGUUCCACCCGGCGGCGCAGCAUGGUCUAGGGAGGGCGGCGGCGCGAGCGCGCGCGAGAUCAAGGCAAAAGCAAAGCAGUAUAGCACAAUCAACGGGCGCACCGUCGUCAUCAAGGACUCUUUCGUGUACAGCAAUAAGGGCUUUAAAACGUUAAACCAGGCGCAGCUGUUGAGCGACACUGUCUACUUUCCCGAUGCUGCCGAUGGCCAGCAAUGGCUGGUGUACUACAUCUCGCGGCCACUUGUCGGCAGCUACUUGGCCACUCCCAUUGUCCCAGCUGUCAUCAGCGACGAGCCAAGUAGAGAGCGCAAGAGAGUGCUGGCCGAAGCUGCAGGAGAGGUCAUGGCUGGAGGGCAGAGCGCCAUGGUCAAGAGGACGGAAGUGAAGAGCUUUGGCCACCUAUUGACGUCCUUCCCUAUGAUCAGUCGGCAAAUGCAGACAGGUCUGGAAAAGAUCAUAAGGGAAUUCAUCGCGGCCAAUGAUAAACCUUUGCCCAAGCCUCGGAGCAGGUCGAGUUCAAUCAGCUCAGGUACUUCUGCACCCUCCCUGAGCGACUCAGUAGGAUCCAUCAAAUCUGGCAUAUCUGCGGCCGACACGGUACAUCCGACAAGCUUGGAGCUGGAGCCGGAAGAGCAGACCCUUCGAACCUCUUUGGAAACCGCGAUUGUCUCCGCUAUAGAUUUAUUCCAGAAUGUUGACAAAGCACAGCUUUCUUUGCUCGGCGCUAACACUGAACUGACUGGUCCUGUGGUGGAACGUAUGAUUGAGCGAUACAUUACUGAGCAGGUCCAUGACCAAUCCUUGUUCCCACGCGUAUGUGCGAUUCGAAGACCGGAUGACUCCGACCUGGAAUCGAAGAUUCGCAAGAUGUCGGACAUCGAUAUUGCUCAAGUCGGGAUCCCCAUCGAGGACGGCAUGCUAGGCAAACGAGCACUUGCUACCAGGCUGAAUAAUGGCAUCCUCACCUUCAGGAAGAUGGGUGUAGCAAGCAGUCCUGAGGAAAUGCUGGACAUUCUCCUCGACACCCAAAAGGCCAUCACCGCAGUGGAGACGACCGACGGCAUUGUCGGUCUGACUGGAGAAAGCCCAUCCAUCACGGCUAUGACUAUCAAUGCAGAUGUUCUGGUGUCGAUGCUUCUCAUUGUGGUCAUCCGCAGCGGCGUUAGGCACUUAUACUCUCGACUCCUCUACAUGCGUUACUUCAUUUUCAUUGACGAAGUCGAAAGUGGAGAGCAAGGCUAUGCGCUCGCCACUCUCGAAGCCGUUCUUGCCCACUUAUCAAACAGCUCUAGCGCUUUGAGGAGAGCGAGCAAGCGCAAUCGACUAUUGUGGCAAGCAGCGAAACUGGGUGAUACGCAGGCAUUGAGGGCCAUUUUGGACCCUGUUCUCUACGCAAGCGAAGGAUCUGCCGUGGCAGAAUCUCCAAUCGACUUCGACUCUGCCUCUUCUGACGACGACAUGUCUGAAAGCGGCACGUUUGAUGGCACUGCCACAACUAGUCUCAGACAACGCAAGACUGCUUCUACCGAUUUCGCGGCGGUCAAUGGCUCUUUAAGCCACGUAUUUCCUUUCCAGCGUCCGCCAACUCCGCCUCCAGAGCAAGCAGAGCGUCGACCUCAAAAGCAUGUAUCUAUGGCGUCGCUGCCUCGAAGCCACUCGGCUUCAUCUGGCUACUCCUCGAGAUCUCAUUCUCGCCAGAAGAGUAUUGACUCCGACACAAGCGCAGGACAUGGCAUUGGAGGCGAUCUGUCGACGGACAAGCUUGCCCAAACACAAGAUGGCAAUGGCAAUUCUGUGCUCAUGAUGACGAUUGAUGCCGGGAAGCAUGAUGCCUUGAAGUUCCUCCUCGGUAUGCCGGCGCAUUUUCGUGCUUCAUUUGUACUCAACGACGUCAAUGACGAGGGCACAACUUUGUUAAGCGCCGCAGUGCAGUCCGGAAAUCGACACAUCACUGAUGAGAUCAUCAAUUUCCUGGAGAACAAUGCAGGCGAGGACGAACUGCAACGCUACAUCGAACUUCAGGAUACCAAGGGUCGCUGCUUCGCGCACUACCUCUUCCAUCUGCCCCAUCUGAUACACCGCUUCGGCCAAAAGCUGCCAUGGCGAUUGAAAGACAGGAACGGACAGACACCUCUUUUUGCGCUUUGUAGGUCCUACGAUCAUGAUCAAUAUCACACUAUGGUCGAAGCAGCUCUGAAACUCGCGACCGACACUCAAGGUGAUGGUGAUCCUCUCCAUCUUGAUGAUCACGUCGAUGCUAAGGGGAACACUUUAUUACACGUAACGAAUGAUGUGCAGAUUGCGCUUCGCUUAUUGCGUUAUUGCGACUCUGAUGUCAACGCCGCCAACGAUAAACGCUUCACGCCGCUCAUGGUUGCAAGCAAAUAUGGGCGAAUAGAUCUGGUAAGAACGUUGUUCGGCGACCCAAGGGUAGACAUGACGCUCAAAGACCUGCGCGGCUUGACUGCUGUCGAGCUAGCUAAGGACGAUGAUGUACGCAACCGGAUUGACGACCUCAUACUGUUAUCGACGCCAGCUGGCAAGGAUGGGCGAACCACGACAGUGGUGAGAUCCUUCUUUGUGGAGGACGCGACUGUGCGCCUGGUGCUGAAGUCCGGAGCUCCAAACCAAGUUGGCUCGAUCACGGUGACCACUUGCAGACGAUCUGUCGCCGAUUUCGAGAAUUUAUCGAAAUGGUUAUCGAUUGAAUGUCCGGCAAGCUGGUUGCCCACGCACUUCAAUCUUCCCUCGCCGUUUCUAAUCCCAUCGAAGCCUUCAAGAACCGUACUCAGAGACAUUCAGCUGAGGCUCGACAACUUUCUACGAAAUCUCCUUACUCACGGCACUUUCCGCCAACACGAGUUGGUCUGGGAAUUUUUCCUUGUACCAGACAUCGACUCAGGCAUGCUCGAAGAACGAUCGCAGCGGAAAGCGGAAGCGCGCGUGGAGAAUGUGAAAGACGACUUCGAGCCAAUUCAUGACACCGCAGAAGUAGAGAACUUCGUGGAACACGCUCGAGAACAAAUCCGUGGGGUGACACAGGCGGUCCGCAAGGUCAUACGCGAGACCAACAAGCAUCGCAUGCUAUACAGCGACUUUUCAGAGGCACAAGGUCUCUCCUCAUCGGCGUUAUCCACGAUCAACUUCCUCCCAAAGCCCUAUGUCAAUGCUUUCGAUCGCUACACCAGGACUUUAACCCCCAGUGAGGCCAAUCCGCUUGCCAGCCUUUAUUAUGCUUUGCACUCUAUACACUCCACGUCUACCGCCAUUCAAGUUGCAACCAACCGACCAGCUUAUUUGAUUGGGUCAAUGCAACAAGCUCAGCGUGCCAUCGAUCGCAGCAAAAAUAGUGUUUCCCGCUCGAAUCGAUGGACUCCAAACAUUGGGCUGUUUGAGGAGACAAAGAAGAACGUGGCUCUGGACGCGUGGGAGAAGGCGGCCAAAGCCAGGCAAGAAUUGGAAAGUCUGGGCUGUGAGUUAAGGUAUACUCAGCAAACCAUCGCACAGGAGCUGGCGGUCUGGCAGGACGAACAUAUCAAAGGCGGGAGACAGAGCCUAAGGAAGUUAGCGAAAGAGACGAUCGUGAGGGAAAGAGCAAAGAUGGAGAAUUUUAAGCGAGCUUUGAGAGAGGUCAGGACAGCUAGAGCAGGCUGAUAGGAUGAAAGUGUUGGAUUGAUGCGGCGCUGUGCUUCAGGCUGGAUGCUGAUACGAUCGAACCACGCCACUGUAAGGUAUCCAACCUGUUCUCGCAUGCUUUCCCUUGACAGCGUUUUUGUAAGUCGUGCAAAAGAACCCCAGACACCUCGCUAAACCCCAGGACGAAUGAAAUCUAGCUCUCCCUCG